UCUCUUUUUCUUCCUCUCUAUUUCCUCUAAGCAUUCUCGCUUUGUGGGUUCUUCUUUGUGUAUACAAUUAUACAGAUAUAUAUAUAUAUAUAUAUAUAUGCACACACACAUAGGAAGAUAUGAUGGGUUACGAGCAGAUGAAUCAGAUGACAAUGACAACAACGGCGAUGAUGAAGAAUUUCAAUAAGAUGGGACCAAUCAAUACUCCACAUAAGAAAACGACUAGGAGAAGUGUAUCGGCCAUUGAUGGCGGUGCAGCUGCGACGGCUGGAGAAGGAGACUGUCGACGGAAUCUCAAGACUCUCGAUCUUAGCGGCAUGUCCUUGGCUUCCCUCUCAGCAUCUUCUAUCAACCUAGCUUCCAUCUCAAAACUCGAUCUCUCCAACAACAAUAUUCAGCAAAUUCCUGAAUCUCUAGUGGCGAGAAUGUUAAAUUUGUGGGCAUUAGAUUUGCACUCCAAUCAGCUCAAAACACUUCCCAACUCCAUUGGAUGUCUUUCCAAGCUUAAGGUUCUUAAUGUAUCCGGAAAUAAUCUACAGCAUCUCCCCAAAACUAUAGAAGAUUGCAGAUGGCUGGAAGAGCUGAACGCCAAUUUCAACGAACUGACCAUGCUUCCAGACACGAUAGGGUUCGAGCUAACGAAUCUAACGAAGCUCUCCGUGAACUCAAACAAGCUUGUCGUGUUACCAAGCUCCCUUAGCCACUUGACGUCGCUGCGUGUGCUCGACGCCAGACUUAAUCGCCUUGGCUCGCUCCCUGAUGAUCUAGAGAACCUCGUGAACCUUCAGGUCCUUAACGUUAGCCAGAACUUCCAGCACUUGAAGGAGUUACCUUACUCCGUUGGGUUGUUGAUAUCUCUCGUGGAGCUUGACGUUAGUUAUAACGGAAUUACGGUUUUACCGGACUCCAUAGGCUGUCUUCGCCGGAUUCAGAAGCUCUCCCUCGAGGGCAAUCCCCUCAUCUCUCCACCUUUUGAAGUGGUGGAGCAAGGUUUAGAAGCAGUGAAGCAGUACAUGAGCGAGAAGAUGACCGAGUCUUAUAAAGAAACCCCGAUGAAGAAAAAGUUGUGGGGCAUUGGUAAGAUGGUCAAGUACAAGACCUUUAACGGCCUGAGCUCAUCUCCGGGAAGGUCUCCAGGAAGAAGAACCGGCGGUGACCACCAUGGAAACGAGAGGGAAGGGUUCAUCAACGUCUCCGAUUACCGCCAAAUCGACGGAAUCGCUUCCCCGAGACAUGUGUCACUCUUCAACCCGAGACGCCUCUUGUCUCCAUUCUCUGCUUAUUUCUCUCCUCCGAGGUAUUAGCUAGGGUUACUUUUGUCUUUUUAUGUACAACAAACAGUCUUUUACUUUUACUUUUUUUUUUUUGCAUGCAACGUUGUUUCCUUGUAUUUUUUGUUUGUUCUUUUUCCCUGUAUUAUAGACUUUUGAGUGGCUUUUUACCGCUGGAACACAUUUGUAAAUCCUGAC